CGCGCAGUCCACAGAGACUCGACCGGACCGGCAGCAGGGAAGAAGAAAUCCCCCCAGCCUGAUACAUUAACACAGACACAUAUAGACUAAGACCUCCAACAUGUUCGGUGGCGGAUUCGAGAGCUUUUUCGGCGGCGGUUUCGAGGGCGGCCCUGGCGGCCCAGGCGGCCCGUCCAAGCCCACGGACAACAACAAGUUCUACGAGGCUCUAGGUGUCUCCAAGACGGCCACGGCCGCUGAGAUCAAGAAGGCGUACCGUAAAUUGGCGCUUAAGAACCACCCGGACAAGGGCGGUGACCCGGAGCUUUUCAAGACCAUUACGGUGGCCUACGAGGUGCUCAGUGACCCAGAAAAGCGCGAGCUUUACGACCAGUAUGGCGAGGAAGGUCUCCAGAACGGUGGCGGUGGCGCCGAUGCUAGCGACCUGUUCAGCCAGUUCUUCCGUGGCCAGGGUGGCCGUCGGCCCCGUGGCCCGCAAAAGGGCGAGGAUCUUACGCAUCCACUUAAGGUGUCGCUUGAGGAUCUGUACAACGGUAAGACCGUUAAGCUAGCUGUGAAUCGCGACGUGCUGUGCGGUCGCUGCGAGGGCCGCGGUGGCGCCGAAGGAGCCGAGAAGACGUGUGACACGUGCCAGGGCCGCGGUAUGCGCGUUCAACUGCGUCACAUUGCACCCGGCAUGGUGCAGCAGAUGCAGAGUGUGUGUCCUGACUGCCGUGGCCAGGGUAAGAGCAUCCGUGAGAGCGAUCGCUGCAAGGGCUGCAAGGGAAAGAAGGUUACGAAGGAGCGUAAGGUGCUGGAAGUGCACAUUGAGAAGGGUAUGCGCAAUGGUCAGCGCAUCACAUUCUCGGGCGAGGCUGACCAGGCCCCUGGAACAGUACCCGGUGACAUUAUCUUUGUGGUGCAGGAGAAGGAACACGGUACUUUCCAGCGCAAGGGCGGCAACCUUAUCAUGGAGAAGAAGAUUAGUUUGGUGGAAGCUCUUUGCGGUUUCGAGAUGAUCGUGGAGCACCUGGACGGCCGUAACCUACACAUUAAGACGCGGCCUGGCGAGAUCAUCAAGCCCAACCAGUUUAAGUCCGUGCACGGCGAGGGCAUGCCCACACACGGCAACCCGUUCGUCAAGGGCCAGCUUGUCAUCCUGUUCAAGGUGCAGUUCCCGGAGAGCGGCAGUCUGUCUGAGAAGCAGCUCAGUAUGCUCAAGAGCACGCUGCCGGCCCCUACGCCUGUGGCGUCUGUGACCGAGUCAGAGGAGUGCUUCUUGUCGGAAUUUGACGCCGAGGCCGCCAAGGCUGAACAGCAGCAGCGCGAGGCGUACGACUCGGACGAGGAACGUGGCGGCCAGCGCGUGCAGUGCCAGCAGCAGUAGAAGGCUUCUGUCUGCAUGCAGGAGACGAGGUUAGACUUGGCUAAGGACGAGAGAGCUGCGUGCAGGAAAGAUGUUUAGGCUGCCUGACUGUGUUUCCCUAAGCUCUGCAGCAGUGCGUUUCAGUAGCGAAUCAUACGUUAAGAAGAAGAAAAGAGAGAAAAAAAAACUUUAUGUUUACAUUGCUA